AUGUAGUUCUCCACGGUUAGCAAGGUGGCUAACAAGAUUUAGCUCCCUGGCGCACCAUCGCGUUGCUGCACCGAAACCCCCACGACUGCAAGACACAUUUCGCUUGGCGAGAGACCAAAGUUUUUUUGUCACGUUACGCUGUCAACAGGACACCGAGAGCACCAUGCCAGAGCCGGCUGAGAUGAGUGGUCCAGAGGUGGCCAAGACACCAGGAGGCGGCGCUCCGGGGAAAGAGGGCAAGGAGCCGGUGGCUAAUGGACAUGUGAGCGACGCCAAUGACACCAACCCCUUUGCCGAAUACAUGUGGAUGGAGAAUGAGGAGGAGUAUAACAGACAGGUGGAGGAGGAGCUGUUGGAGCAGGAGUUCCUGGAGCGCUGCUUCCAGGAAAUGCUGGAGGAGGAGGACCAGCACUGGUUCAUCCCGUCACGUGACCUCAACAACCAGGGGGUGGAGCAACUGCAGCAGCAGCUCAACGGCCUGUCUGUCAGUGAACACAACAGCAACCUGGAGGAAGUGGCGAGGAAGAGCGUUUUGAAUCCUGAAGCAAAGGAGUUUGUCCCGGGGAAGAAAUACUAGGAGUCCCCCUCACCCCCAUGGAGCCUAUGCACACACACACACACACACACACACCAAUCCUCACGUAUUCUCAGACUCUGGCGGCCACGAGUGCGCACACUGAUUCUCACACACACACACACACACAACUUGCAGUACCAUCGUGUGGGCAGGCCCAGUUGGGGGGUGGGGGGAUUUGUUUUUCUGUUUUUUUUUCCUUUUUAUUUUCUGUUUGUUUCUUGUAAACUGAGGGACAUUUGGGAAUGGGGUGGGGGAGGGGUGUAACACCAGUCCGGCCCUACAGUGAGCGCUAAGCGCAUCAUUGCAUCAUUUCAGGCCACAUGUCAAGGCUUCACAGAGCACGCGGACGCCCACUGACAUCCCACAGGAACCAAGGCAGCUACCAUGGAGUGAUAUGAGACUUGACAAACGCGCCCUCCCUCCAAAAACAGUCAUAAUAAACUUGAGAAUUCACGCCUUUGUGUUCCAUAAAAUUGGGAAUAAUAAAAAAAAAAAGUCCAUGACAUUAGAAGGCUUUUCAUACCGACAAGGUUCCAGAGUGACUUGUACUUUCGGGGGAUGUGGUGGAUGUCUUGCUGCUCUGUCCAGCUAUACAGUCCGAUCCGUUCAUGCUGUGAUUUCAUCACAGCUCCUCUGCAUCCAUAGGAUGUUCAUAUAACUCAAUAGCUCAAUUCCAAACCAAAUAGUUCAUGCUUCUCUUGCUAGAUCAACUCAAAGGUUGCCAAUUACAUGAAAAUCCGGUGUUUGGUGUGGAACACAGCCAUUGCCAAAUUGUCCAGCAUUGCAACAAGCGUCCAUACUCAUCAGGUUUUUAAGUAGCCUAUCCUCCUGUUUUCUUUGUGUUUGCUUCAAGUUCCGAGCAUGGAGGCGUUCUGUAUCUACUGGGUUCAGCAGCCUGUAGUGUAGGGAGGAUGUGUUUAUGGGGCCAUAGUCAUCACCAGUGUCCGCCUGCUUUAACAGCAUUACAUGGCGGACCGCUUGUGCUCCUGUCCGAUCGUUGAUGAGGAAAUUCUCUGGACUGACAUUUUCUGUUUCUCCUUUGAGUUGUAAGAAAGUUGGCUCGGUGAACAUGCGUGUGAGGAAGUCCAAUCCGUUAACAUUGAUUACUUGAGGAAGUCCAAUCCGUUAACAUUGAUUACUUAAGGAACAUCACAUUUGAGCACUUUAGGAGAAAAGUAAAAUGUAAUUUUAAUCCGCGUGCGGCUCGUCUGUUUUUUUUGGUCUGGGCUCGGCUCAAAGCAGGACUUCCUUUUUGUGGCCCCCCAAGUGAAGCUAAUGGAUUGUCCGCCAGGUGGAUUGUGCAACAUGAAAUCAGUUUUGGUGAUUUUUGUUUUGAGUUACAUGACCGAAGCAGUAAAAAAGAAAGCGAUCCAGAAGACACAGAGUAUGCAUUAUCAACAAAAGUCAUGAAAAAAGAUGAAUAAAGAUGCUAAAGACAAA